CACCAUUCCAGGCUACUGUCCCUCUCCUUGAUUAAACCAUUAAAAACAUGUACUCUUUUGCUUCCAUUUCUUCCUUUUCUUCUCUCCCUCCUUCUUCUCUUGCCAUCGGCCGCCAUGUCUUGCCAUAUCCGGUGGGGGAACACGGCAUUGCUCGCUAUACCAUGUUACAUGGGCCAAGACAAUCGAGAUCGCGCCACCCACAUCAUGUGAUUAGUUUACAGUGGCGUGAUCUUCUAUCGCCACACGCCAAUACAUCACUAGGACGACCCAUUCGUGUCAAUAUCAAUAUCGAUCAAGACCUUAAACCAUGCGUGGAAGAUGAAAGAGCAAUCAAAUUGCCUAAAUCGUAUGCCAUGAAUGGAGGAGAUGGAAAUUAUAGUUAUGCUCAAAACUCAUCUUAUCAGAGGGGAGCAGUGGAUGCUGCGAAGGAACUCAUUAAGGAAGGAGUUGCAGCGAAACUUGACAUAAAACAGCUUUCUUCAUCUUCUUCUAUAAACCCAUUUUGCAUUGCAGAUUUCGGGUGCUCUACAGGACCCAACACACUUCUGGCAGUGCAGGUCAUACUUGAAGCCGUGGAGCAAAAGUUCAAAUCAGAAAAACCAACAGCCCAACUCCCUGAAUUUCAGGUGUUCUUCAAUGACCAUGUCCUGAAUGAUUUCAACACCCUUUUCCAAUCUCUUCCACCUGAAAGACGAUACCGUGCUGCCGGAGUGGCUGGCUCUUUCUACGGCCGAGUACUUCCCAAGGCCUCCCUUCACUUUGCUUUCUCCUCUUCUUCAUUGUGUUGGAUCUCCGAAUUGCCGGAAGAGAUUCUGGACAGUAACUCUCCGGCGUGGAAUAAGGGAAGAAUUCACUAUACAGGAGCCAGAAAGGAAGUUUCUGAGGCUUAUGCACUUCAAUACGCAAAAGACUUGGAAGCAUUCUUGCAUGCAAGAGCAGAAGAGCUUGUGGGUGGAGGGCUAAUGGCUCUUUUGGUUCCUGCUGUCCCUAAUGUUAUGACCUCUUCUGAGACAACCAUUGGGACUGAGAUCGAUCUUCUCGGAUCUUGCCUCAUGGAUAUGGCCAAGAUGGGAUCAUUCAGUGAAGCAAAAGUAGACUCCUUCAACUUACCUUUAUAUUUUCCACCCAUUGAGGAAUUGGAGGCAUCGAUAGAGGCAAACACAAGCUUCAGCAUAGAGAGAAUGGAGAUCCUGAACAACCCUCCGAAACAUGUCGCCAUGCCUAGUGUCAGACAUCGCACACUGUUCUUCAGGGCUUGCUUCGAGGGACUUUUGGAGAAUCAUUUCGGAAGUCAUAUCAUGGAUGAACUGUUCGAACGUUAUUCCAAGAAAGUUGCCCAGUCUUCCUUCACCAUGAAUCCAGACAAUGAUAAAUCCAUUUUUAUGUUAGUCCUCCUUAAGCGUAAAAGCGAGUCCUCACAGAAUGAUUCACCCUAGUGAUCAUAAGGGUCGGUUUUAAAAUGUUUAUUUAAG